AUGUUCCUCGCCGUACAUCCGGAUGGACACUUCUUCACCGGACGCGCCAACCCGCAACUCGUCUUAUUAGAUUGUUUUGUGGAGGACGGCAAGAUCAAGCUGGCCUACAAGGGGAAGACGCUGGAAGCGGAUCUUGAAGAGGUGUAUCGACGAAAGCAGGUCCUCCCCGCAGAGCUCCACGCCAAACUCCGCCAGGACGGUUACGACUGCGGCGACGAGGUGGCCGCGUUUCUGAGCGAGGUCCUGGAGGAGGACGCGCGGAUGGUCGUCUACAGCCCGGAGUUGUUCACGGAACGCACGGCGAUCCCGAAUGCCGGGUGGUGGAGGAAUCCGGUGCCAACGGAGCGGCGGGACGACAGCUAUUUCGUCGACCUGGCGCAGUUUAUGAUCACCACCAAGGAGUCGCUGGACGAGGUGAACGAACUGUUGGGGCGGAGCGAGAAUCCGAUCAACAGCGUGCAAUUCCGAGGGAACAUCGUGGUGGACAAAUGCUCACAGGCUUGGGAUGAGGAUAUGUGGUCUGAGCUGCGAUUUGGCGACGAUUCCGACUCGACUGUGCUGCAGUGCUACAAGCCGUGCACGCGAUGCAUCUUCACGACGGUGGACCCGGAAACGGGUACCAAGGACCCGGCACAGCAGCCGCUGCAGAUGCUCAAGGAGCACCGCAUGGCCCCGCCGGAUCUGGUCAAGGACCUUGGCAAGCUGCCGAUUUUCGGUGUGAAUGCGGGAACAAAGAUGCCCGGCUACAUCUACGAGGGCCAAACCGUUUGGGCCCGCCUCAAACCAUGCGCCUUC